CUCUAAGAUACUAGUUUUUAGUGCUUUGUGGUGUAAUUCGGUCGAAUAGCAUACAAAUUUAUAGUGUUUCCAAAUUUCGACAAUUAGGUUUUGCACGUAAUCAUCAUAGGCACAGAAUUUAUUGAAGAUUAAAUGAUGAAUCAAUUCCCUAUUUUAGCAGGAAGCAAGAAUAACGAAUGUAGACACGUUUAUACAAAAAAAAAAAAUGAUAAUUGCGUGAUUGAUUAAGCGGAAUGUAUAGCUGUAGCCUGUAGUAUAUUGAGUGAAUUUGAUAUGAUGAUUAAAUUUUGGCCGGAUAAUGAUGCCAUUAAGUUUAGGUUAUAUAUACAUUUUUUUUAAUAUCUCUUAAUUAUGAAAGAUUACAAAAAUUUCCAUGUUUAUGGUUUACAAUCAAAUUUAUCCGAGCUGUUGCAGUCAAGCACGAGUUUAAAUUAUUUUUUCAUUAAUGGAUACAAUUUUUAUUUGUAUACAAAUUAACAUAUUAGUUUAAUCUAAGAGAUUGAUUGAAGAUGAGAUUUUUGUUUUUCAUCCACGUUUUCACUUUCGGCAGCCAAGAAAAAUUGUAUUUGCCCCGAAGCUCAAAUGCUCUCUCACCUACCAGAAUUUCAAUCAUACUCUGGCGGGAGAUGGACAGAUGGUUGUCACAUUUUGCUGACACGGGUCGUGUUUAAAUGACUUCCUUCAUAUCCAAGAAUAAAGGAGGGAUCAAAUUUUCAAAAUGGAAGAAGCUGGAUUCGGGAGAGUUGGGGAUACACCAAUCGAUGAUGCCAAAACUGUUAUCAAAAUUCUUCAAAGGGCAGAGCUGCUUGUUCAAUGAUCCUUUCCCCCACAAAACCUGUGAUUAUGACAAUGCUCUUUCAGAUUUAAUGUCAUCAAAGCUCCGGACAUUUAUACCAGCCCAAGUGUCAUUUGAAGAAGCCUGUGGCAACCUGGCCAGAACUAGAAUGCUGGAGGAGGAGGUAAUUAUUGUUUUGGGCUUUUCCCCCCUAUCAACAUCAAUGAUUGCUCAAACAUAAUCUGUUUUCACUUCAGUUGGACUUGAGAAUCUGUACAUUUUGGUUGGAUAAGUAUGACUGAUGAUGACCUCAUUUCUAAAAGACUAACUGCACUUUAUUCAAUUUGGAUGACUGUUACAAUCUCAAUGCAAGUUUUAUAGUAUUAGGAUGGUACCUCAUUUAGUGACAAGAUACAGGAAACCCUUCCAUUUUAUCUCCUUUGCAAAUGGAUUUCUUAAUGAGCAAGUACAUUUUUUAUUUAUAGCUUCAUAGUGUAAAACCCCAUAGUUGCAAAUCAUUGAAAAAAGUGUUAUCUUUGGGUUUGGAAACCAGAGUAUGUGAAAUUAUUAUGUAAACACUGGUAAUUCUCGUCUCACUCAUGAUUUGAUAACAACGGGAGCAGGUGACAGCCUGGGAUUUAGAUAUGUUGAUGAACCUUUUCGGUGGGCUUGCACUGGACGCCUGACAGCCUCAAAUCGAUCUAAUGCUUGCCAUUUUUUGUUUUUCUUCUUGGUUUCAUAUUUAUAUUCAGCUCACCUUGUCAUUGAUGCUUUUUUAUGAUGAACCUGCUCUGCACUACGGACUUUGAGAACUUCGCGAUUCGCCAUGAUUCAACACUGAAAAUUGAAUUUAAACCGGUAAAAGAGUUCGAAACUGUAGACGGUAGAAAUAUACGGUAGGUUUUCCACAGUAUCUAGCCUAUGGCUCUGAUAACAUGAAGAGCUCCGCUAGGGUUUGAGGGAAGGAUUUCAUCAUGAACAGAGGAUCAGAGAAAAAGGAGUAAGAUAGACAUAAAAUUUGAAAUUUGUACUUAAAAAUAAUAUUCCAAAGACAACGGAGUACAAAAUUUCAAAUUCAAUAGAUAUUAUAUUUUGCGAC